AUGCAAAAACUGACGGAGUGCAUAGACGACCUGAAGCAGAGAAUCGCUGCUUGGGGAAAGCGGAUUCGGCGAUAUACUGAGAGGUCGACAGGGUUCAACCAGAAUCGUCUCUUCCAGGGUGAUCAGAAGAGACUCUAUAAAUCAUUGGAGCGACCAAUGGUAAGUGGAACGGGCCCAGUACCGAAUCAGGCCGACACGCUUGCAUUCUGGCGUAGCCUGUGGUCAGAGCCCGUAAAACACAACGAGGGCCCUUGGACGGAAGUUGUGGCGAGUCAGUGUGCGGGUAUUACGCCCUUGGACCCCGUCACCAUAACGCCGGAUGACGCAGCUGAGGCUGUCCGUAGGGCCCCGAACUGGAAAAGUCCGGGACUCGACGGGUCUGCAUCACUACUGGCUGAAGGGGUUCGUGGUGUGUCACACUGUGCUCGCCCGACAGUUUCAAGAGGUUCUCAACCAGAAGUCGCUCCCGAGCCUCUUCACUACUGGGAUCACCCAUUUGGUUCCUAA